AUGUUCGUUUCUCGCACAGGUUUCCAAUAUCGCAAAAUCAUCAGUUCUUCACUAUGUUUUCGACCUCAAUUUCGGUCAUUCGCAGCCAUGGUUCUUCCAGAUGACAUCGUAAUCGAACGCGAUGAAAUGCUCAACUUCAUGAAAAAAUGCGUAGUCACAGCGGGUGCUGAGGAGUCUCACGCUCUUCAACUCGCUGAGGUUCUAGUUGAUGGUGAUGCACGUGGACAUUACAGUCAUGGGCUUAAUCGACUAGACAUGUAUGUCAGAGAUUUACAACAGAAAACUACUGCAUGUUCGGGCGAACCAACCGUUCUGAACGAUAAAGCUGCAACAGCUUGGGUUAACGGCAACAAUCUGUUGGGACCAGUUGUGGGUAACUACAGUAUGGACUUGGCCAUACGAAAGGCCAAGGAAGUUGGAGUAGGAUGGGUUGUCGCUAAAGGUUCCAAUCAUUUUGGUAUUGCUGGGCAUUACUCGAUCAGGGCCAUGAAGGAAGGUCUGUUGGGUUUGGCUUUUACAAAUACAUCACCCGUCUGUUAUCCAACAAGAGCAGCUAAAGCUGCUUUGGGUACAAAUCCGUUGAGUCUAGCGGCUGCCGCUACCAAUGGGGAUUCAUAUGUUCUCGAUAUGGCAACAACUACUGUGGCUGUCGGCAAGCGAGCCGAAUCAUAUUAA